GCCCCCGCCGGGUCCCCGCGCCCUGGAGCCCCGCGCGGGCGCUGAGCGCAGCCCGUGAGCCGAGCGCAGCCAGGAUGGCCUCGUCGUCCGGCAACGACGACGACCUCACCAUCCCCAGGGCUGCCAUCAACAAGAUGAUCAAAGAGACGCUGCCCAACGUCCGCGUGGCGAACGACGCCCGGGAGCUGGUGGUCAACUGCUGCACCGAGUUCAUCCACCUCAUCUCCUCCGAGGCCAACGAGAUCUGCAACAAAUCGGAGAAGAAAACUAUCUCCCCGGAACACGUCAUACAAGCGCUAGAAAGUUUGGGGUUUGGCUCCUAUAUCACUGAAGUCAAAGAAGUCUUACAAGAAUGCAAAACAGUAGCACUAAAGAGAAGAAAGGCCAGUUCACGCUUGGAGAACCUCGGCAUUCCGGAAGAAGAGCUACUAAGGCAGCAACAGGAAUUAUUUGCACAAGCUAGACAACAGCAAGCAGAACUGGCACAGCAGGAAUGGCUACAGAUGCAACAAGCAGCUCAACAGGCACAGCUCGCUGCUGCCUCAGCCAGUGCAUCCAAUCAGGCAGGAUCUUCUCAGGAUGAAGAUGAUGAAGAUGAUAUCUGAAAAUCACCAGCUGAGUUGUCUUACUAAGAAAUACUUUUCCUGCACAAUGAAAACAGUGAAAUGAAUGCUUACCUGUAAGUUUGUAUGCAUCGUGGACUGGCAGUUGGUAUUCUAGGGGUGUCUGCUGUUGUGUGCUGUACAUGUAUAAACUGUCUUUUUUGAACUCUUGAAGAUUUAAGGUUCAGUAUCAUAUCAACUUUGGAUUUUUAAUGGUGUAUAUGGAAAUUUUAGAUAGCAGUGCGUCAUUUAUUUGAUCAAUAAACAGUGUUACAAUAAACAACAUGUUUAUAAAAUAUAGUGAGAUUUAUACAAAAAGCUCUAAAUCCACAUUUGCAUUUCUUCCCUUUUAACUAAACUAUGAAAUCUUACUUAGAAUUUUUAAUUGUUUUUUGGGGGAGUGGUACAGUAGACAUAAUCUGUUAACAUGAAAAAAAAAGUAGAGUUCAGCAUAGAAGAGUCUGAAUUCUUAGUUCUUUUUAAAAUGAGGAUGUAUAUGGCAAUAAAUAUUAUAUAUGCUCAAAUACCACACUUGUUAAAAUUUGAAAAUUAUACAUUUUCACCAAGCUAGGAAAAGGUAUGUUUAAUAGGAGUUGUACAAAUUCAGUCUUUUUUUUUGUAUAGGGGUGAAAAAAAAUAAACCCAUGGUUUUAUUAUGACAUCCUUUUGACAGUCCUAACUGAGUAUUUCACUUCAAAGACUGCCUGGUUUGAAGAACUAACUCUUCUUUUACUUCACUCCAGAUUAAUGUUAACUGUUGUUGAUGGUAUUUUGUAGUCCAGAUUUAUUCAUAUUGUUGAAAUAUAAAGCUGGAACUUAAAGAAACAAUAUUGUUUUCUGCUGAUGUGACAGGGAGUGAUUACGUAUUUAAGACCAAGAGGGCAAAAGCUGACCCUAACAGCAUGUUUGUCAAAAAAGAGAGAAUUUAUUUAACCUUGAUUAGUCAUUGUCAGCAUGAUGCUAACAUUCUCCAGACUAGAUUGCCACUGGAUUACUAAGAUACCUUGUUGAGAGACAACAUUUUCUUCACUCAAAUUGGUUUGUAGGUAAGUCCAGGUUUCUGAUAAAUUGUUCCCCAAGAGUGAUCAGCAGCAAUACAUGAAACAGAAAUGAUAUACUUGUCCUUUUGAUAGUUCUGUUGAUUUAAUGGAUGAGCAGCUGUCCUUUGUGUUGAAAUAAAGCACAGUAGUGUCCAUUGCUGAGUUUUAAUGUGUUACUUGAAGUAAUACUGGCAUAUCUUGUGGUACACUAAUCUGAGCAGACUAGAAAAGCCACUUGCAUGCUGCUGUAGUUGACCUCAUAGCUCUCAGACAAUGGGGAUGGUUUUACCAAGCGAUGUCCUCAUGAGUUGCUCUAGUUGGAAUUCUUGAGGAGGGCUGCAGCAGUCUGUUUACAUCAGGAUGCAAACAGCAAAUGGUGGGCCCGUUUUUACAAAAAGAUCUGAACAAGAUACAAUUGGCAUGUAUUCAGAUCUCAGUCACAUAGUGACUUUUGAUUUAAAUUUGAGAGGUUUUAAGUUGCAUAUUGAAUAAAUGUGAACAUGUCUUUAAAAGCAGUAAUGCAGUUAAAAUUCAGAAGAGUAUUUGUUUGAAUGUUUAAGUUUAAAAAAGAAAAAAAAACCAACUUUCCUGGAUACCAGAUAAAAUGUUAGGCAAGGUUUGACUGAGGAAGUGGUUUUCUGUAAAGGUUUAAGUACCAAAGGUAGAAAAUCUAGUCUAGUGAUACAAUGUUAAUGUGCAGUGUUGGCUUUUCUAAUUUGUACUGUAACACCUUCACACUUUCUAUUUUAAAUGAGUCUUUUCCUUCUAAAUAAUACUAGGUAUAUUUUCACACCUUUCUUUUCUGAUGCAGAAAUCAGGUUAACAUUUUACUGCAUCUGGUAUGUAUGGUGUAAUGUUUGAAUUUUUGUGACCUUUCUUUUUGGACAUUCUUGUGCUUUUUCAUAUGCUGUAUUCUUCAAGCAAUAAAAUUCUGAUGUGUUUUUAUAAAAUUGCUUUUAUAUUUAAUGAACAGUCUGUCUUCUUCAUUUCCUUUAUAAACAAGAAAAAGACUACUGAAGCCCUGUUUUUAUUUUGGCUUACUGGACACUUUUUGUGACCUGACGUCUUUACAGCCAGAGUGAUGUUGGAUUGGAUUGCUGUGCACUGGGGUUGUUAUUGCUUGCAAACAACAUAUCUGGGCUUGACCUGCUCUCUUUCCUCUUGGGAAUUGCAUUUAGUAUUUAUGUAUUUUUAUAACUUGACAUUCCGCACCUGAGAGCUGCACAGAAGCUGCUGUAGAUUGUGUACCAGCUGCUGAAAUGCUUUCAUAAAGUGAAAGGCUACAGGCAGAGGCUGAGGUAGUAAGAAUUUCGUGUAGUCAUGAUUAGAGAUUACUUAUUCAGCCAUUCUUCCCCAAGUAUGAAAAUAAACUCUGGCACUUUCAGGAGAAUCUUCACUGGUGUUUCAACAAACCAAUUUUGUAUUACUUUGCUGUUGUGCUUCCAUGCAGGAGCUGCUCAGUGAAGACAGAUUUCUGAAUUUAUGGUACCCCUGAUGAUUUUGGUACACCAGGUACAUAGAGCAUAAAGUUUGGUUAGUGAACUGUAUUGUUGCUUUGUCUCACAAGAAACAUGUAUAAGGAUGUGUCUGUUUCUUAAAUAUUGAGUUGAUAAGAUUAUCUGUGGGUUUUCCAUAAUUACUUUCAAAGUUGCUCAAGUGACUUACUCAUGAAUUCUUUCUAUUCUAUUACUUUAAUAAAGUGCACAUCUGCAUGACA